CGAUCGCUGGGUCAUGGGCGCCGCCGGCUCCUCGGCUCUGGCCCGCCCGGGCCUCCCCGCGCCGCCCGGGCCCCGCUGGCUGGGGGUGGCCGCCCUGGGACUGGCCGCGGUGGCGCUGGGAGCCGUCGCCUGGCGCCGCGCGCGGUCCAGGCGGCGCCGGCGGCUGCAGCAGGUGGGCACGGUGAGCGAGCUGUGGAUCUACCCGGUCAAGUCCUGCAAGGGCGUGUCGGUGGACGCGGCCGAGUGCACGGCCCUGGGGCUGCGCAGCGGCCACCUGCGGGACAGGUUUUGGCUUGUGAUCAACAAAGAGGGGAACAUGGUCACAGCGCGACAGGAGCCCCGCUUGGUCCUGAUCUCCCUGACCUGUGAGGGUGACGCGCUGACCCUCAGUGCGGCCUACACCAAGGACCUGCAGCUGCCCAUCAAGACGCCCACCACAAAUGUGGUGCUCAAGUGCAGAGUGCACGGCUUGGAGAUCGAGGGCAGAGACUGUGGCGAGGCCGCGGCCCAGUGGAUAACAAACUUCCUGAAGACGCAGCCCUACCGCCUGGUGCACUUUGAACCCCACAUGCAACCGAGAAAUUCUCACCAAGUAGAAGACGCAUUCCAACCCACGGACCAGAUCCCGUACUCAGAUGCCAGUCCCUUCUUGAUCCUUUCCGAGGCAUCGUUGGCAGAUCUCAACUCCAGGCUAGAGAAGAAAGUUAAAACAGCUAACUUCAGGCCCAAUAUUGUAAUUUCAGGCUGUGGUGUCUUUGCAGAGGACUCAUGGAAUGAGCUUCUUAUUGGUGACGUGGAACUGAAAAGGGUGAUGGCUUGCUCCAGGUGCAUUUUAACCACAGUGGACCCAGAUACCGGCGUCAUGAGCAGGAAGGAGCCACUGGAGACGCUGAAGAGUUAUCGCCUGUGUGACCCUUCUGAACGAAAGUUAUAUGGAAAAUCACCCCUCUUUGGACAGUAUUUUGUUCUGGAAAACCCAGGGACCAUCCACGUGGGAGACCCUGUGUACCUGCUCGGCCAAGAAUAGGAAUCAUAUGUCCUGGAAUAGCAGAUGCCUUUAAAAAAUGUCUUCAAAACUGACAACACUUGAAACACAGUAUUUUGGAAUGGGCAUUUGACUCCUCAGCGUUUUCUUUAGAAAAACUUGUAGUCUCCAAGUUUUUCACCUUUUUCUGGACUACUCCCUCAUGUCCCAGUGCUUCCAACAUCCCAGGGUACAAAGCAAAGGUUUGAUAACUUAAUAGGACUUCAGUAAGUCACCUAAAUGACAAGGCAGGAUUCUAAAAAUCGCUUGUUUAACUAUGAUUGUGGAAUAAUUCUUUCUCCUUCUUCUCUAUUCACCUACUCAUAACCUCCAUCAUGUCACUGCUAUGACUUAGGGAAAAGGAGAAAAGAGAAAGGGUGGGGGAUUGAGAAGAAUGUUCUGGAAUAUUUUCUUACCCCAUGCCUCAGCAUGCAAUGGAAAUUAAAUAGCACUCCAAAUAAGGCUGGACUGUCACUUCACUUUUCCCCCGCAAGUCCUAGACAGGCUUUUAAAAGGGUAUAAAGAGCCUGACCUUCAGUAAACACUUAGAUGUUCGUUUUCCCUAGAUCAUUUUGGAUCUGGCACUAUUACCUCCUAGUGUCCAUGGGCAUUUGAUGGAUCCUUCACGUCACACUGUGCCUUGGGUGGCAGGACAGCAGAGAUGUCAGGGAAGAAAAUCAACUCAUGAGAGCAGCAUUGCUGCCAGACUCUGACAUGGAAUAGGAAGAACGGAAGACAAACAAAAUCUUCCUUGCCAUGAGACAGAGUAUCAACUAUAUCCCAUUGGUGAGACCAGACUUUUCCCAGCAUACGAGAGAGAGCAGUCAUGCUAAGUAGGCGAGGCACCCUGUCUCCUGUUGUCUGGGAUGCUGUUGGUGUUGCCCUGGGAAACGAUGCCCAAAGAGAUGGUCAGGAGAGGACAUGAGGCCACCUAGUGGCAUUGUCACGGCUCAGCCAUGCUGUUGGAAAGAUGGAAACGUACGGAUGGGUUUUAGUUUUCUAUCCUAGAAAAUUUUUUUGAAAGAAACUGAGGUAACCUCUAGGUAUUCUCUGCUUCCCUGCUGUGGGAAUUUGGUCCUAAAAGCGUGGCUGUGCUGCCACAGGGUCCUUCUGGAUCUUGCUGGUCCCAUCAACUCAAGACUGGUUGCUCCUCCUCAAAACCAGGAUGAAAAAGUUCUGAGAUCCAUGGUUGAGAAGAAGUGUGAUUGUGUGAUCUGAAAUAAACCACUUUAUUUCAGGUUUUGAAUAAAAUCUUUCAAAGGAGAAAAGGAAAACAUAUGUCAAUUCACUUAACAACCAGUAUCUAAUUUUUCUCCUGAUCAAAUUAUAUAACUCUAGUAUCUGAUGAUGUUUAUCUUUCAUUGCCAUUUUGCUCUUUGUAUUAGGAAGCUAAGUCAUGAAAAAUGUGUUUCAAAACUGUAAAUAAAUGGA